AUGGUGGUUCCCUUUUUGCCUUGCAGUCACCCGUUGUUCCCCCUGUUGGCGUUGAUCUUCGAGAAGUGCGAGCUGGCCACUUGCACGCCCAGGGAGCCCGGUGUUGCCGGUGGCGACGUCUGUUCAUCCGAGUCUUUCAACGAAGACAUCUCCGUCUUCUCCAAACAGAUCCGGCAAGAGAAGCCCUACUAUCUCCCCAACCCGGAGCUGGAUAGUUUAAUGGUUCAAGCCAUCCAGGUCCUGAGGUUUCACCUCCUCGAGUUGGAAAAGGUCCACGAGCUGUGUGACAAUUUUUGUCACCGGUACAUCAGCUGCCUGAAGGGAAAGAUGCCGAUCGACCUGGUGAUUGACGAACGAGACGGGAGCAAGCCGGAAUUGGGGGACUCGAACAACAACAGCAGUGGCGGUGGGGGGCUGGGGGGCUCUCACCCGCACCACCGCUCUAGUGUCGACACCACAACCCAUGAUUCUGCCUCCACCCCGGACCCUGUGAGUCUCCCGCAUGAGAUUCCUACCACCCAGGAGAUAAUUGACGAUACAGGUUGUCCCGUGGGAGGGGGGGAAGGAUAUCAUAAUGAAUACUCGAUGGACAAGUUCCUCUAUCUCUCAUCCAUCUGGAAGAAUGAGCGCCGUUUAAUUGCCGAACUGACUGUUGACCUGCCCCAUCCAAGGCCGCCGUCAUCGUCAUUAUCUUACACGGGACCGGGAAAUGAGGAUGUCCGGUCGCCAGGGUCAGGUGGAACGCCAGGUCCUCUCAGUCAUCAACCAGGUUCCCAACACAGCCUCGACAACAUCUCCGAAGCCGGAAGGAGGAAAGGAGGGGCAAAGAAGACGAUCAUCACCCAAAUGGAGGACAUAGAUCUCAUGGGUGCUAAGAGGCACGUGUUUUCUUCAGACGGAGAAGAGGCAGGAAAGAAGCAGGCACUGGAAAAGGGGAGGGGUGUGUAG